CACUGCAAAAGCAAAACAAGACACACGCCCCUCAACAAACGCGGGACUUGUGGUUUAGGAAUGUGGCUGAAAAUAUAAAUUUUUAAACACAUAAACAGCUGACAGUGUAAAGCAGCGGCUGCAGGUUGGUUAGUGUAUGUUAGGCGGGUGCAUGCUCUCUGUUGCUAGUUAGAUAUUCGUGUUCAGUUCUGCUCAGUAUGUAACCUAAGCUAUCUCAGCUACUGUAACCUGACUGAGUGGGGGUGUCUCUGCACGAGCACUGACAGCUCGCAUAACGUUGAUGUCCUAAACCCAGGCUGGAAACACCUGAACUGUUUAAUUUCGCCCUGAUCAGAUUUAACCCACUGCAGCGAUGCUGAAGAGUGUAGGGAAGCUCUUCGGCUUGCGGCGGAAACCCCCGCCGCCUAAGGCCCGCAUAGACCGCCAGAAGACUCGGGUGAAUAAACUGGAUGAGAUGCUGGAUGACAGCGACGAGGGCUCCUACCACAGCACCACCAGCGUCAGUUCCGAGAGCGAGUACCGGGAGUCCAACGAUAACGCCUCGUACGGCUCUGACAGCUCCUACCAGCCCAAGCGCGACAGGGAAGACGACGAGGAGGCUUCGGCGGCGGCUGCGAGCAGCAGCAGUAACAGCAGCAGCAGCGAGGCGCGCGGGAAGAAGAGCAGCGCUGUUCCCCGCGGGCGGCGGAGGAAGAGAGCCGCCAGCGCCGCCGCUCUGGAGGACGACUCCAGCAGCAACUCCAGCAGCGGCUCCAGCAGCGACUCCAGCGACGUGGGAGCCGAACCCCGCCGGAAAGUGCUGCAGAAGAAGCGCCUGAAGCUCCAAGACUCCGAGGACGAGGCUCUGAAGCAGAAGCGGAGAGAGACAGAGCUGAAAAAAGCCAAAGAAGCCGCGGCGAAGCGGAGGGAGAGGAAGAGUAAACUGAUGGAGCUCGCGCGCAGGAGGAAGACGGGCACUCCGCGGCGCAGCCGCAGAUCGCGGGGUUCAGAAGAAGAAGAGGAGGAGGAGGAGAAGGGUAAAAAAGAGAAAGCUGAAGACAAAGAAAAAGCAGAUUCUGAAGAAAGCUCCAGUGAGAAGGACCCCAACCCUUUGAUGGACAGCAGUGAAGAAGAAAAACUAGCAGAUACUGACAGCCUGAAGGACUUCAUUGUAGAGGAGGAAGAACAGAAGAAGGCAGGGGAUGAGGAGGGGGAUGAGGAGGAGGAUGUGGGGGAGCCAAAGGGCAGGGACUUCUUGUCUCACCUCCCACGCCAGUUCAUCACUGGAUCUCAGUUAACCCACUUUCAAGUGGUGGUGAAAGCCCUGUUGAUCAACGCUCUGGACUCAUCCUUUCUCAAGUCUCUUUACAAUGGAGAGCGGACGAAGCGCUACGCCCAAGAGAUGAAGUCAUCACUGCACCACUUUGAUGAAAGAUUGGUGCUGCCACGUUUGGAAAAUCUGAAGCAAAGAAGCAGAUGGAAGGAACGCUACAAAGAACGUGUGGAAUGUUAUCCCAAAGUGCGGAUUUCCAUGGUGAAUGUUCAUACCAAAGGAUGUGAAGCCUGUGAGCUCCAUAGAAAUGGACGCUUCAGUGUGCGCCUCUCUGGACAGCUUUAUCACUGCGACACCCUUCAAGAGGACCAGUUCAUGCCUGAUGAUUCACAGACUUUCCUUGUCGGCUCAGUGUGUGCCAGCCGUACUGAAGUCUACCACGCACUGAAGCAUUUUAAGUACCACCUGUUUGAGCGCUGCCGCAACGCACUGGAUACUCUGAAAGAGGUACAGGAGCAGGAUGAGGGAGAAGAUGAUGAGCCAGUGAAAGACACAGUUAACAAGGUGUUCACUAAGCUGCAGGAAGAAGGCUGGAUUACUAAGUGGUGCAAUCUUUCUUUUUUUCUUUUGUACAGCAAUAUAACGAGUUUGAGGAACACCUUAACGCUGCAGAUUUCUUCCAAGAGGAGAAGCUGGACUAAGUGCAUUGGACCUCGCUUUUUAUUGUGCUCAUUUCUGUAAAUAUGUUUUCAGUAUUAUUUGAACACAUUUGAACCACUAAAGUCUUAAAUCAUUAAUAAUACAUCAGAAUACAUUUCUGGAUGUGUAGUGAGUUUUCAUAACAAAAACUGCAUCUUCUGUAAGAAUUAUAUUUGUAGGAUUACUUUAAGCCUGGCACUGUUUGCCUGGCAGCAUUUUCUUUUAUGUAUCUAAUUUUUGGUUAAAGCAUGUUAACUUGAGUGAUUCUGUAAAUAUUCAAACCAAGAAUGUGUAACAAAACCUGUACCAGACUGAUACAAUAUCCCCACUACAAUAAACCUACUCAGUAGAACUGUC